UCUCUUUCCCCUGAAUUCAGUAAUGAGAGAAGUAGGGUUUCGAGCUUCGUACGAUUGUGGACAUAUAAUAAUUUUAAUCUAGGGUUUUUCCUGAGAUCCUGCAUGGAGGAAUUCGACUCGCUAUUCCUCUUCACCCGCCUCCGCGAUCAUCUGCGUCUUUUCUCCGCUUCGUCGGCGGUGGCGGCGAGUUGCGCGGGGGGCGAAGAUGCGGCGGACGAGUGCCGCGACGAUGCCGCGGCGCUGCCGCUGAAAAUGGCGGCGAUCGCGUCGAUCCUGAUCGCCGGACUGGCUGGCGUGGCGAUCCCCCUCGUGGGGCGAAGGCGGCGGCUCGUUCGGGCGGACGGGGGGAUCUUCGUCUCCGCGAAGGCGUUCGCCGCCGGCGUGGUACUCGCCACCGGCUUCGUCCACAUGCUACACGGCGCCGACUCCGCGCUCUCCGAUCCUUGCCUUCCGGAAUCUCCCUGGCGCCAAUUCCCCUUCCCCGGCUUCGUCGCCAUGUUGGCCGCGCUCGGAACCUUACUGGUCGACAUUUUGGCCACGAAGUUCUAUGAGCGGAAGCACCGCCGAAAUAACACGAAAAAAACGGCGGCGGCGGCGGCGGACGAUGUUCCGGAUGGAAUCGCCGUCAUCGCCGUGGCGCCGGAGCCGGACGACUCGGCGGCGGAGGGAAAGGAAUUCGGCGGCGCGCACGUGCACGGCGGCGGCGACUGCGAGGAAGGUGGCGGGGUGGCUUCGCACGUGCGGCACGUAGUCGUGUCACAGAUACUGGAGCUGGGGAUAGUGUCGCACUCGGUGAUCAUCGGGCUCUCAUUAGGCGUGUCGCAGAGCCCCUGCACGAUACGGCCCCUAAUCGCGGCUCUCUCUUUCCACCAGUUGUUCGAGGGCUUCGCAUUGGGUGGAUGCAUCGCUCAGGCACAAUUCAACAAUGUGUCGGCAGUUCUGAUGGCGGGGUUCUUUGCGGUCACGACGCCUGCAGGUAUAGCUGCCGGGGCGGCUGCGGCAUCGUUCUACAAUGCCGAUAGCCCGAGAGCGCUGGUGGUGGAGGGGUUACUGGAUUCGGCAUCGGCCGGGAUCCUAAUCUACAUGGCGUUGGUUGAUCUCAUCGCAGCGGAUUUCCUUAAGCAGCAGCAGCAGCAGAUGAGCAGCAACGGCCGCCUACGGGCGGCGUCCUACCUCGCCCUCUUCCUUGGGGCACUGGCUAUGUCGUCCCUCGCCAUAUGGGCUUAACUAUGUUAUUAUUUGCGGCGGCAGCGACGGUGGCAGUUGCAACUUGGCCAAUAUUUUGUACAAAAUAAGUUAUUUUUUUCUUUUUUAGUUGAUCAAAAGAAAAAAUUUGAAAAUAUCGUUGGAUACUGUUUGUAAUUGUUUGGGAGUUGGCUAUGAGGAUUGUGCUGCUACCAAUUAUAGCAAUUGAAAUCGGAGCAGGCUUGAAUCCGUUUUAGAUUU